UUGUUUAUUUGGAUCUAGAUGUUUCGUGAAUAGGUUGUCUCUGUGUGUUUUGCUGUUAUGUGCUUAUAUACAGUUUACUAGAUCCUGAAGAAAAGGGACAUGUUUAAAAACGUUUGCUUCAAUUUCUGACACAUAUAUUGCUCCUUGUAGAUCUUCUUUGAGGAGGAAACAGAGUCAGAUCUGCAAUUUGAAACGAUGGUGAGAACGCUUCUCCUCUGUCCGGUCUUGUUUUUUCUCUGGACUUCCUCUGUUGUCUGUAUUUCAGUUUUUUCCAGCAGUCUAAAAGCACAAAUGCUCCUGCGCUCCAAAAGGGCCUACACCUUCCUGGAGGAACUCAAGCCUGCAUCUAUGGAGCGAGAGUGUAUAGAAGAGAGGUGUGACUUCGAGGAAGCCAGAGAGAUCUACCAGACCAGAGAGGCCACGCUACAGUUCUGGACAAGGUAUACAGAUGGAGACCAGUGCGUCCCAAAUCCCUGCAUAAAUGGAGUUUGUGUGGAUCAAAUCCAGAGCUAUUAUUGCUCCUGUAACCCUGGUUUUGAAGGAAAACACUGUCACAUUGACAGCACACAUGCAAACUGCUCGGUGGACAACGGAGGCUGUGAUCACAACUGCCACGAGAGGAAAGACAACGCGGGACGCUACUGCAGCUGUACUGAUGGAUACACACUCCAUGAGGACUUCAAACAGUGUGUUCCAAAAAGUCAACAUUCCUGUGGACAGAUUUUAAUCGCUAAGUCGGCCUACAACACCUACAACACAAAGUCCUUCGAAGGCCUAAAACCUUGGCUUUUUGGUGGUGAAGUUGGCAAAAGGGGAGAGAGUCCUUGGCAGGCUCUUAUCUUAAAUGCCGCAAGCGAGUUUCACUGCGGUGGCGUCUUGCUUGAUGAAGUCUGGGUGCUCACGGCUGCUCACUGUUUGCAGGGAUUCAUCCGUUUCAGUGUCAGACUGGGUGACUACAAACGUUUCAAGUUCGAAGGAUCCGAGGUCACCAUUUCUGUAGUGAAAACUAUCCCCCACCCACAAUUCAACAGACGAACAGCUGAUAACGAUAUAGCCAUGCUGCGUUUGGCGUCGCCCGUAACGUUCAACACGUACAUCGUCCCUGCGUGUCUGCCGAGUAAAGACCUGGCCGAGCGUGUGCUCCAUCUCAACGGCACGAUGACGGUGGUGACAGGCUGGGGCAAGGAGAAAGAAGGGACUUUGAAAUACAGCUCUGAUCUCAAACACAUCAAUGUACCACUGGUGGAGCACUCGGAGUGUACGCGGCACAUGUUCAGCAACGUGACGGAGAACGUGCUGUGCGCCGGCAACAUCGGAAGCAUCAAGGAUGCGUGCAGUGGCGACAGCGGCGGCCCCAUGAUGACGCUCUACCGAAACACGUGGUUCCUCAUCGGCCUCGUAUCCUGGGGCGAGGGCUGUGGCCAAGAAGACAAACUGGGCAUCUACACCAAAGUCUCCAAUUAUCUGGAGUGGAUUGAUAGCGUAAAAAAACAGCCAUGAUUAUAGAUUAUUAUUGCCUGGAAUUCCAGAUUUAGUUAUGGCUGCUAUUUCAGAAGAAGUCCUUCAUUAUAUUAAAAACUUUAUAGCCUGCAAAAAUUAUUCCUACCAUGUGCAAGUUUGAUUCUUAAUCGCACUAUUUGUCCAAAGAUGAAUCGAUAGAAGAACUUGCUUCAAAACAAAGAUUUGACUCGUUGACAGUGCUAUUAUCAAACACUGUUCAGAGGUGGUUUAAUUUACAUUCAGAAAUUAAGUAAAUCCAUUAUUUUAUUUUUAUCCAGACCGGCCAUGUGACGGCUUUUCUCCCUACAAUAUUACACAACACAGGUUUUUUCGGGGUUUUUUUUAUUGUUGUUUGUUUUGUUUGUUUGCCAGAUCUCUGUUUAUUCCCACCAAAGAAAAAAAUGCUCUCCCAUAAAAUACCACCAUUUUGUUGUAAUCAUUUUAUUUUAAGGAAUAAAACAUUAGUUAUGAAUUA